AUAUGCAUGAUGACAUUUCAUCGCGAAGUAAAUUUGCAUGGCCGCCGCACAUCUCCGCACGGUACGGAGACAUGCUCAGGAACGUUGGAGAAAAACUGUCAUCUUUUCUAAGAAUAUGUGGUGCCAAUUAGUAUUACUUCGGAUGAAUAUUACUGUUUGUACCUAACCUACUAUUAGUGUAAUAAAAACUUCUUAUUUUAAUCAGUGCAUGUUGUUGUUUAGCCCAAAACAAGAUCUCGUGUAAGCCGUUUCAUUCGGAAAAAGGCGUUCCUCUCACGCCCGGAUGGUAGGUCAUCAUAACAUACGAGCAGCACCCCCAGCGUUCAGGCGUAGUGGAUAAGGACGACACGGUGUUUUGCUUCUAGCUGUUGUGUGUACAUGUAGCUAGUGACAUGACUCUCAAACAAUGCUGGUGGACUUGUGGUGGACUUGUAUUGUUAUCUUAUAAGUCAUUAGAAUUGAAUACCUACCAUGCUCACCAGUGCAACUAAUACUUGACUUAGCAGUAGCACAACAAGUAGCAGUCAACAUUUUACAUGACUGUCACUGUUCUUUGAUCAUCAGAAAUUGACCGAGUCAGAGCCAGAGAGUACCAUGUGAAGAGUGGCAACUUAUUUGUUUUUACUACAGUACUAAUUGUAAUAAGUACUUUAUCGUCCAUCUUACAAGGACAAUUAACUCUUUAAAAGCAGUAAAUCAUGGCAACACAAGUACUAUACGAAGGAUAUCUCACCAAAUCGCCUCCUGAACACAAGAUUAACCGUGCGAGAUGGUGCAAACGUUACUUCCAGCUGUGCAGCAUCGAAGGUGAGAUCCUGCUCCAGUACUUCAAGGACGACUCCUGCACCAAGCUCAAAGGAACCAUCAACCUUCGAGAAUGUGAGCAGGUAGACCAGGGCCUGUCGUUCGAGACCAAGAGCAAACUCAAGGAUGCCCACAUCUUCGACAUCGUGACCCAGCGUCGCAAGUACUUCCUGGUGACGGCGACAGAAGACGAGAUGUUGCGCUGGGUGCACAGUAUCUGCACCGCCUGUGGCUUCCAGUCCGAGGACACCAUAUCGACCGUCUCGGACCAAACAGAUGGCCCAGGCUCUCCUGCAAGAUUUGCAGAGACACCCCUCAAUGCGGGAUUCCCUCCUACAACUACCACUACCACACAGCCUCCUCUUACCAAUGGCAAUGAAUCCUACAUUGAUAUGGCUGAGUGUGAGACAGGGCCAUCAAGCAAUGGUCUGCCACCCAAGCUGAAUGCGAAGACAACACUUUCGCAGCAUGCGCUGCAAGCCGGACAACCAAAGAGUUCCGAUACAAUGAGCAGCUCCUCCAGCAGUGCCCCUAGUGACUCGGCACCUUCCCCACCAGACUCCAGACCAACGUCGCAGAUUGAUGGAGGAAUCAUGGUGGAUAUCUAUGAUUUUCCUCCGGUAAGGAUAACAGAGGAUGCUCCUCCUAUACCUGUGCGACCUUCAGGAACAACUGAAGAGUCUGUUUACAAGGUAGUGCCAGCGAGCAAGGAUCCGACAAGCUUUAAGUUUGAUAGGCAGAUAUCGUCAGCAUCCAGCAACAGGGGCUCGUUUUCAAAUUCUGAUGAGCUGGUAACGGGGCAGACUUACGACACAGUCCCAAGUUUUAACGAUAGGAGAUCGAGUGGUUUUGAGUCGGUGGAGGGUAAUGUUCCCCAAUCAAAUUACGAAGUCCCUCCACCAAGACCGCCUCCACCUGUCACGGAAGACAUCUAUCAGGUACCCCCUUCCAGAUUAAGUUUGGAAGCUGAAACAGACACUUUGUAUGAUAUUCCACCUACGUCACCGCAGAUCGAUAGCACGUAUGAUCUCUUACCUAGUCCCAUGCAGAAGACACCUAUGCAGAAAAUCCCCUCACAUCUCAAAAAUACGGAACAGAUCAGUAAAUCAACCGACAACUUGGCUAAGUCAUUUGAGGAGAUCUCUCAACAGAAUGCCAAUCAGUCGUUUACAAACGGUGAUCUGGAACAUUCGACGUAUGAUCCUGUCCCUGCAAUGGAUCUGAAUGCUUCCAUCGGAUCAAACUCUUCCUUCGGUAGUGUCUUCAAGGAUUUGGGUCCUUCCUCCACGGCCAUGGAGGCCCCACCCCGCCCAGCAAAGCCACUGACUAUGUGCCCCUCCACGCCCCCGUCGAGCGUUGAUGAAACUUACGUUGCGCCCAUGCCACCCAACCAUCGCUUCUCACCCAACGAAAUGAGACGGAGACUGACAAGCAUCGAGACAAAGAAUCCCCCAAGCAUGGCCAACCACCAGCAUAUGUGGAUGGACCAGGUGAUACAGCCUCCCGUCAAGUAUGUGAACACCAAGCGAGCUGGUACAGCCAAUGCCUUGGCUAGACCGAACUCUUCUUUCAAUCCCAAAGGCUAUAUUCCCAUGAGGUCGAAUACCGUGUCCGCUGGCUCCAGAGCAACCUUUCCAGCCAUGGGUUUCCAGAAUGGUCAGUCUGGAACCAUGAACGGUCAGCCUCCACCAGGGAGUUAUAUGGCCAUGCAAGGAAGUAGUGAAACUCCUAAGGGUGGACUAGGGGCCCCCAUCACAGAGGAGAGCUACAUGCACAUGCAGAGCCAGAACGAGGGAAGCCCCGAGAUGUACACCCUGAUGAAUUCCUCGGCUCCGGUGGUACCCCGCAGGCCACCGCGCCAGAGCACCAGCUCCAUGAUCAGCAUCUCGUCCACGGCCAGCGGAGAUAGUAUUCCGCCCCCUAUUGACAGGAGGAAUAAGCCCAGGAGUACAGACUCAACUAUUUUAAACCCAGAGACGCUAGGUAUGGAAGGAUCGUUCUAUGCUACGGGUCCUGAGCUUCCACAAGACUUCCCGGUCCAGAACCUACGUACAAAGAGCUUCAGCAAGAGACCAUCAAGACACAGUCACAGAGAGCCUGCCGGUUUCCAGGGCACCCCGCCCCGCCCGCACAGAAGCGUGCAUUCUUCGAGCAGCUCUCACCCGGACCACGAUUCCUACUCCAUCCCUCCGUCGAUGGAGGAACCGUACGUCUUCCCCGACCCGGCUCCUAACACCAAACCUAGAAUAGAGUCUCAUCAAUUUCAGACCCGUCAUGGCAGCAUCGACUCCACCAUCCACGCUCACGCCUCGCCUACCCUCCCACCACGGAGCCACACGGUGGAGUACCUGGAGCUGGAUCACGACAGCGACAGCCCCGCGACCUUGCCACGCCCACCUAAGCCGACCUCGCCAAAAGAUCAGGUGGAGUAUAUCCAUCUCGAUAUGGAGAAGACAAAGGCGCUCAAGGAUUUGUCGCAGAAUAGGGAGGAGAGCUACAGGCCGAAGAACAAUGAUGGUGGUACCCUCAAGAAAUGAGAUGGUCCCCUUUUCCCCCUCUUUAGCAUUUUUGAUGAACAGUGAGCUAGACGGGCAGAACUAUAUGCCUCGGAGAGAACCUAAGGUCCCUCAGAGAGGGCCUAAAGCCGUUGAUCCUCUGGUUGCUUACUAACAACCAUUUAUGCUUUCUUAGCAGUCAGGUAAAAUAACCACCACCACCACUUAUAUCAUCAGACCAUCCAUAGUGUGAGACGUUAUUCUGAUUGAUGAAUGGUGAAUGUUCGACCAUGCAUAGUUUGGAUACUUUUGGUUCGAACAAUGCUCACCUUUGUUGACGGAUAGAGUGAACAAAAAGGAUCAGUUCAAACUGUGUGGACCUUUGUGGAAAGCUGUUCCACACUCUUCAAAUGAUAUGCAUAAAUCACUUGAGGAGAUAUGUUUGUGUAACUCACCACUGUGAGACGUAUUUCGUUUUUUAAUACAGGAGCACUUUUAUAACUUUUUCUCAUCGAAGUAACAAAGAAACAAUUAAGUAAUCGUCAUGCAACAUACGCAUAUAUGCUGUAUACAUUGUUUAUUUCAACUCUUUCAGAUCAUGAGUCCAUUUGCAUGCUGUCAUUGAGGAAAGAUGGGAUCUUGAGGCAUUUUGCAGAUUUUUGCUCAAAUUUGUGUUUUGGUUGUGUGGUGUAUUUAUUCAAUUGGCUUGCAGUUGUCUUUGCAUUUUGUGACAAAAUCAUGCAGUCGUGAAGUAAAGAUGCAGUUUAAA